UUUUCCUUUUGAAAGUAGGGUAGUCUCAUGCUGGUCCUAAUCCUCUUUUGGUGUGGGACAAAAGAUAACUUAUAAGGCCUUUUUGCUGUCCCAAAAAGAGGCUUUCAGGGUCUUCUAUACCUGUUAAUAAUUCUAAACUUAAUGGGAAGAAAUAACAUUUGCUUACCAAAUUCUAUUGAAAUUUUUAAUAUCUGUUUUGAAAUCAUUGCUUGAAGUUUUUAGCUCUCUGGAUUUCAUAUGGAGAAUAUCUUAAAAUCAAUAUCUUAAAUAUAUGAAGCACAGACACUCCUCGGAUUAGCUUAAUGGGAAGGGAAGUCACUGGCAUACAGGUCAUGGAGAAGAAGGCAAACGGUCUAGCUUCAAAUGGUAGUUUUAGUGAAAGAGUGCGUGUUUCUCCAAAAAUUGCAGCAAUGGUUCAAGCAAUGGAUCAUGAGAUAAAGGAAGCUGCUGAAGGUAAUUCUUUUUCCGAGAAACAUCAUGAGAAAAAAGAUGUUUUGAGUGCCAAAAGCACACAAUUAAAUGCUGGUUUGUCCGAAGAGAAGAAUGAGAAAUCUGAAGAACAGAAGAUGGACGACGAUAAAGAAGUUAGUUCACCCGCUGCAAUAGCAAUUCCAGUGGAUGAAGAGCAUACAAGCCCCUCUGCUCCACAGCAAUCUGAUCAGGCUACUGAAAAGCAUGUUACCCACACACAGACUGUUGAGACUGAAGCUGUUGCAGAUGAUCAGAACUUGUCACCAAAGGCUAACAAUAUCCACUCACCAAGUUCCUCAAAGAGCUCACAGCCGAACUCACCUUUGUCACCAAGGAAGCUUGCACAACAUGAUAAGAAGCACCAUGAUGAUGAAGACAAUUGGUCUAAUGCUUCCUCCAGCGUUGCAUCUGCACGCACUUCCAAGCCUAAGGUAACUGUAGGUACAGCCCCUACAUUUAGAAUCUAUGAACGUGCAGAGAAACGAAAGGAGUUCUAUAUGAGGUUAGAGGAGAAAAAUCGAGCCCUGGAAGAGGAAAGACUCCAGUAUGAGGCAAGGAAAAAGGAAGAGGAAGACGCAGCACUUAAGCAGUUGAGAAAGAACUUGGUCAUUAAAGCAAAACCAGUACCAAGCUUCUACUAUGAGGCGCCUCCCCCUAAGAAGGAACUCAAGAAGCCUCCACUGACUUGCCCCAAGUCACCAAAACUAUCUCGGAGAAAGAGCUGUGGUGACGCUAUCAACUCAUCUCCAGAAGUUUGCACUCGAGUACGUCACAGCUUUAACAGUAACCUUAAAAAUGGGUCUAGUACCCAAAAAAAUAAGGACCUGGUUGCUGGACGUAACAACAAUGGUGCUUGCAAAACCAAAGAGCGGACCAAACUGGAUAAGGAAACCAAAAUAGCUCCUCCUGAAAUCACCGAGCAGACAAAUGCAGACAUAUCAGUUCAAUAAUAAGCUUUCAAAAGAUCUUACUGACCUUCCGGUUGAGAGGAAAAUAGCCUUAAACUUUCCUGGUCACAUCAAAUGGGAUGCUUGCAGAAGAGACGGCCUUAUUUUCUUUUAAUCUGGACUGACAUUUUUAAGCGGUUUCUUUUUAACUUGAAGUGUAUAUGUUUUGUAUGUUAUAUUGGCACACAUCAUUUUAUUAUAUAUAUAAAAAAUAGUUAUUGAUGUAAGUUAUAUGUACGAAAUUUAAAUGCCCCAGAUUGUUUAAGGACUUUGCAAGGGAAAAUUAUAUGAAAUAUAUUCCUUUUUUGUAGGA